UUCCAGAUUUAUAGGAAGUGGAGAGUCAGACGUGACAUGGAGGAAGACGCACUGCCAGCGAGGUGAACUGAGUUACUGUUUUCACUAACUGAAACAAAUGAGGCCUGCGAUUUGUUUCCUGGUACAGGACUUCACCGUCAUGGCUAACAUCUUUGCUUCACUGGCUUGUUCCCUUCUGGCCCUUUCUUUUGUUGUGGCACAAACAAAUCUGACUGUCACACCUUCAGUAACAACCCCCAGCUUAAACCUGACACACACAAUGGUAACUUCAUCCAACUCCACUGUUAGUGUAACUGUUAUCUCAAACUUGACCGAGAACACGACUCCAUUAACCAGCACGACCUGGGACAAUGAAACAUUCACCGGUACUACAGCAACUACAACUCAGAGCACAAGCCAUCUCCAGACUACUCAGUCAGAAACCGUCAUGACUACUUUGACAAACAGUACAUCACAGACGACCACAGCACCUGGCACGCCGACAUUUACUGCACUGACAACACCAUCAACGCAGACCACAGUAGGUUACAUAAGUACACCUGAUGCCACUGUAAUUACAACUGCCAAUUCAUCUCACACUGUCAACACCACCCCCGAGUCAGUGUACAGAACUACACAAGGUUUGGGACUUAACAUUCCAGAAAAGAAUAUGACUAUCCUCUUCAGUGUUGUGCUUGGAGUGCUUGCUCUGGCUCUGGUUGUCUUUAUGUUUCACAGAUGCAAACAUAGAAUCCAGUACUUGCAUCAACCUCUUAACAACACUGAUGACACGGCAGAUACGUUUGAGGCAGACGACGACACACUUGUAAUUUCUGGUGGACUUUAUGAUGGCCAUCCAAUAUAUGACAACGUGCCACCAUCCCCAGCAGGCCAAUCUCAAUUCCGUCUCCAGUUCCUUCAUUAAGGAGAGAGUUCCUACAGUGUGAGAUGUCACCUUUGACGCUUGACAGGAUGAACUAAAGCAAUUUUCCUUACCCAGCCCUUAAUACAGUUCAGUGACUGAAAUUUUACCCCUGUGAAAUUUCAAUUCUUCAUUAUGGCAGAAAGUAAAGGAACAUUACGCUGUGCAGAACAUUCAAACAAGGACAACGCUGAUCUAUUUGAACAUUACUUUUAUCACUACCACUUAUAUAGGAUAUAAAAAUGUCAUAAAUAGAUCAAGAUAGGAAUACAUAUCAACACAAUUUCAAACACCAACAAUACAAACUUGUUCAAAUUGAAUAUGAUUUCAUGUAGACACCAGUUAGGGUAAAUUAUUCAAUACAACUUUGCAACAAUAGACAGAUUUUUUUUUCAAAGUACCUGAAAGGGUAGAGGGUGACUGCAGUCACUUAAAAUCCAUCUCCAAAUCCCAUACAAACCUACUAAAAGAUAGGAAUAUGAACACCUAAAGCAUUCUGCUGUUAACAAUAAUGUUUAACUGAUCCAUAACAAUUUCUUCCAUGCAUGUAAAGAAAUAAAUUGUCCUGUUAUUAAUAUUAAUACUGUUUGAUCCCUAACAAAGCUAUAUAUGCAUGUGAACAAAGCUGGAAUAUGAUGGUUAUAAUAACAGUGUUUAUCUGACCUGU